AUGAGCAACGAAACCAAGCGCACAAUCCCAACCCAGCAGGGUGCUACAGGUACACCUGUGUCUAAUGCGCAGAGCUCUAAUCAACCUGCAUCAUCACAAGCUCAGCGACCUGCACAACAACAACAACAACAACAGCAGCAGCAGGUGAGAAGCAACCAACCGCAGUACUCCCAAGCAGAUUUGAAUCGGAUUGUACUUGACUACUUAAACAAGAAGGGCUAUCAUAGAACCGAAUCAAUGCUUCGAUUGGAAAGCACAAACACACCGACGGCGGCCACUACUCCUGCUACUCCCGCAACCACUGAAUUAAUAUCACUGGGUGAGCUUGUUCUGAACAUUGAGGACAAAUUGAGCAAGACUGAUAAGGAAUUGAAGGAGCUUAAAGAGAAGCAAUCAAAAGUUGAGCGCGAGUUACAGGAAACAAAGGAUCGUGAGGUAAGACUAGCCAAAGAGACGGAUUUGCAACAAUUGAAAGCUUUGGAGACCAAAACAAGAAUUGAGAACGAUUCGGAUACUUACUUUGUAGCGUAUUCGAUGCUUAGAAAGUGGGUUGAAUCUUCGUUGGACUUGUAUAAGCCCGAGCUAUCUCGUGUCUUGUAUCCUUUGUUUAUACAUUGCUUUCUAGAUUUGAUAAGCAAAGGACAUGAGGCUAAAGCCAAGGAGUUUUUUGACAAGUUCAAGUCUGACCACUUGAUUUUGCACGGAGUCGAAGUGAGAAAAUUUGCUGGGCUCUCGUUGCCGGAACAUAUACAGGAGAAUGAAGUGGCGGUUGCUUAUAGAAAACACAGAUAUAGGAUAUUGGUGUCGAAGACAUCACUUAACUUGUUGUUGUAUUUCCUUCAUGAAAAUGAGGCUGUUGGUGGUGCUAUAUUGAUACGCAUGAUUAAUCAAUACUUGGAUCCGGUGAUUUCCAAAAAUAGACCUGAUAAGAUUGAUCAAGAAGGCGAAGCCAAUCCAGAAGAAGGAAUAUCAGAGUACAUUGCAAGUACAAAUGAGUUGGAGAAAUUCAAUAGUGAAAAGGAAGUGAAAUUGGGCAAGAUGCCGUUGGAUUCUGAGGUGAGCAAAGAAGUUGAAGCUGAAUUGAAAGUGAAGGAUGAGAAAGUACCACCAGUAAAUGGGAAAACUCUUAGCGAGGAGUUUCAAGAGAUGACAAAACCUGAUGCUGACUCUCCUGCCAAUGACUCCUUACCUUUGCCAAUGAAAGAUGCGACCGACAUCAAGCGAAUGAUUUUACAAGUUGAGGAUUCUCGGUCCAAGAUAAAAUUGGGCGCAGUACAAGCAAGCUCUCCAUCUGUUUGUAUGUACACUUUCCACAACACAAACAAUGAAAUGACUUGCGUUGCCUUUAACGAUGACUCAACACUCGUUGCUGCUGGUUUCCAAGGAAGUUAUGUGAGAAUAUGGAGCUUGGAUGGGAAACCACUAGAAUCUGCAGUUAAGAAGGAUCGCAAGAACCACCAAUUACCAGAGAAUUCAAGGAAAUUGAUUGGACAUAGUGGUCCAAUAUACGGAAUAUCCUUUUCACCAGAUAAUAAGUUUCUUCUCACAUGCUCAGAGGAUAAAACAGUACGUCUUUGGUCUUUGGAUACAUUUACGGCGUUGGUGUCAUACAAGGGUCACAAUCAGCCCGUUUGGGAUGUCAAGUUUUCGCCCUUGGGUCAUUACUUUGCGACAGCUUCGCAUGACCAAACCGCUAGAUUAUGGGCAACCGAUCACAUUUACCCAUUGAGGAUAUUUGCAGGACACAUAAACGACGUUGAUUGCGUUGAAUUCCAUCCAAACUCAAACUAUGUCUUUACUGGAUCAAGUGACAGAACUUGUAGAAUGUGGGAUGUACGCACUGGCCAUUGUGUGAGAGUGUUUAUGGGACAUACCAAUGCCAUCAACUGUCUAGCAGUGUCACCGGAUGGUAGAUGGCUAGCUAGUGCUGGAGAAGAUAAUGUGGUUAAUUUAUGGGAUAUUGGAAGUGGUAGGAGGUUGAAAACAAUGAGAGGUCAUGGUAGGUCCUCGAUUUACUCAUUGUCUUUCUCACGUGAUGGUACUGUUUUGGUUAGCGGUUCAGGAGACAAUAGUGUAAGAGUGUGGGACGUUAAGAAAAACACCAAUGACGCGGGACCAGAACCAGAGGCGUUUGUAAAUGCAAGCAAUGGUGAGGCGGGUGAAGAGAAGAAUGGUCAGCAGCAGCAGCAGCAACAACAACAACAACAGCAGCAGCAGCAGCAACAGCAACAGCAACAACAACAACAACAGCAGCAGCAACAGCAACAACAACAACAGCAGCAGCAACAGCAACAACAACAACAACAAUUGAGUAGAAGGGAUGUGAUUGCUAGUAGCGAUCAUAUGACGGCACUUUUCACCAAGAAGACCCCGGUAUUUAAAGUCCACUUUACGAGACGAAAUCUUUGCUUGGCUGCAGGUCCCUUCCAGGAGUAA